AUGUACGAUCAAGAGCCUCAGGUGACAGAGACGGAGCCAGGGAGCCUGCUGAGUCAUUCAGAGGCCAUAGCAGUGGUUUUGGAGGAGAUGGGCAGGAAACAGACAGAAAUAUCCACUUGGCCUCUGACAAGUCCGGAGGAUGCAGGCAGACAUCAUGCUGCUCUAUCACGGAUCCAGAAUGUGCUGAUUGACGUGCUCACCAAACAGCAUUCGGAGAAGGAUCUCGCCCAAAAAUACCGGAGUGUGUCCGACUCCCUUCGACAACGUGUGUUGAAACUUCAACUCGUCUCCCUCGCUUCACGUCAGAGGAAGUUGGUGGAGAUCCUCAAGAAGCAAAUGCAUUUGGUAGAGGUGUAUGUAACCAUGAAGGCCAAACUUUCCACUCAGCCUGCCAACCACCAAGGCAGUACAGGAGUGAGACAGCAGCCAGAUCACUACUCCACUCCAGCUUCUAAAGCUACAGAAGCACACAGCUGUGAUCACAACAGUCAAAGACAGGAAAGCCGUCCACCAGUUACACCAACCGGUCUGUUCAGACCAGCACCUCCAAACAAUGCCAAGGACCUCACAGGUCACUGGCACCUUGCUCGUGUGCUGGGUGAUGGCUCGAUAAAGGACAGCAAAGGCAAGAUGCACUUGACUCCAGAGUGCUGGCUGGAGUCGAUCCUUGGUAACAACAUCCCUGUCAGCUCAACGUACGCCUGGGACAAGUCCCACCAUCAGAUCAACACGACAUAA